AUGCCCAAAAGCCAACCAAACCAAUCCCUCCCCAAAAACGUCAUUGCAACCAAAGACCAAUUGGCCAUCACCACCACUGCAAAGAAGCAAAGAGCAGCACAACAAUCUAGCCUUCAACCACCCCCCUCCCGCAAGCGAUGCCGCAUCGACAAUAACGAAGAUGACGACGAGGACUUCGAGGACUUCGAGGACAACGAGGGCGACAAGGACGACCCCGCUGGAGACCUUUACGAGCUAAAAGUGGCCCUUGAUCUGCACAACGGCCGGCUUUGGAGGCACAGCGGCAAAUCAAAAAAUACAUCUUUGGAACAGCUGAUGACAAAUGAAAUUGCUGCACGUUUUGAAAACCCAAUUCAAACUACAAUUUCACCGCUCUUUUAUGAAGAGUACACGUCAUGUGAAAGGUGGGCACAGGCAGAGCAGAAGACUCAUCUGCUGGAACAAUUUACAUUUGAAUCAACAAAGGCCCCACAUCAUCUCCGCAAAAAAACUGAUGGGCCAAAGCAUCAGUCCCCCGCUGCCAUCCAACAGGCUGAACGCCGCACCAAACUAGCAAAAACCCUCAACGAUUUGAUCACCCCCUUUCUGCGCAAUGGCUAUCAAGGAAAGGGAGACGCACACCCCAAAUGUGCCAAUCUGCCGGAAGCAUUACGCAAAAAAGACUUCCAAGGCGGUAAAAACUACACCGUAGUCAAGGUUAAACCGACCAAGGCGGAUUUACCACAAGAUGAAGAUGCCAAAUCACACCAAUCCAUCUCCGACACCGCUUCUACCCCCUUAUAUUUGACUGAAGCUGAAAUCAUCAGAGAGCUUACUGCCCAUACUGAGGAAGGAAGUCCAUGUCCAUGA